AUGAACUCGAAUGUAGAUUUGAAACUUGGUUUUAAGGUGAGUUGAAGUGAAGAAUUUGAUGUAGAAGCUAUGCAGAUUUUGUUUUCCAGAUUGGUUUGAUUAUUGUGGGAGUGGUGCAUUUGUUGUUGGGUUUGACGGUUGUAAUUCAAGCUAUUGGGUUUGUUCAUAAAUACUACAGGAAUCUUGUUAUUUUUUGGGAAUAUCAAAUUUUUUCAGAGAAAAUAUUCUACUUGAUGACGUUCUCGAUGAACAGGACAAAAUUAGUUUUACUCGUACAAAAAAAAUAGAAAAAGAAGCCACAAUUAUACCAGCUGUUUUCAUGCCAUUCAUUGUUGGAACAGUCUGUCUGAUCUCCGUCUGCGCCAAACGAUAUUUUAUAUUUUUUGUUAUAAUUGGUGCCAAUAUUCUUGAACUCAUCCUAUUUAUUGUUGCAUUGGUGCGCUCUCAUCAAGUCUAUGGUGGUUUGAGUGAUCAUUUUGAUAUGUGGAGAAAGGCAGACAAAAAUAAGACAAUGCUAUCGAUUGAGAAAAAUUUGUAUGAAUGUCAUUGGAAUCAGGUCUGA